GUCAGUAUCAGGCAGGUUGUUGAAUAAAUUAUUCCAUUCGUAGAAAGAGUCGGCAUGGCAGCGCACCCGGGCCCCGAGCUGUAGCCAAGUGUGAGUGGGGCGGGGAUCCCUGACUACUGAGCCCGCAAGGUGGUUUUGGCUAGCCCUUCCCAGUUGGUAAACAGAUUCACCAACAAAUGCAGACAUGGAACUGGACUGCAACCCUUUUAUUCUACAACAUGACGAAAAACCUGUUGAGUAAGAUCCUGCCCAGUUGGGGUUCUCAUGGAGUAACCUGCGCCUGCCUGUCCCCGAGUCGUGUUUUAAGGAGAGUGGAAACCCAGAAACGCGACGCCUUCAAACUCAUGGUUCUUGCUCUCUACCUCCAAGCCCAUCCUCUCAAGGAGAACCGUCGGACCCAACUCAGAGGAGCAUUCACCGGCCUGUUCACCCUCCAUUGUUCGCCUCAAGUCACAGCGGAGAUUUUUCCCAGCAGAAGAAAGGACAGUUUUUCUAACUGGAGAUCACAGGAACUAGUCGGCUCACUGCCUGCCAACCGCAGAUGCUGUGGGGAAGGACUUAUUCCCCCUACCUCCUUACCCAGACUCUCACUCAAUAACUCCAGUAUUAACCCGCUUAUCCAGUUCCUGGUUCCCGUUCAUCCUAGCAUCUACUGCUUGAAAAUAAACUCUUUCAAAACUUUCUCUUUGCCUCUUGUGGUUGUGUGCCAAGCCACGCCAAGCGUGUCCAAGCCUUUUUUGUCUCUGCUCCACGUUUUCGUCCACUUCCUUCCUGCAAGUAAAUGUUUUUUGGCCAAGCCCUGCAACGACACACCUCAAGCCCGACUCAAGUCGCCCGAUGGUGCCAGCACCUACUCCAUGUGGUCUUUGCUGUCGUCCGCCAAAGUUACCUUGGCAACGUCUGACGAGCUGGAGGAAAGACUGGAGUGUUUAGCCUGUCAGCUCAGGAGCUUCAGACGGGCAUUUGAGGGUCAGCGCAAUGCUUCAGCUUCUGUUCCUGAGAGGUUCAAAGAUGAAGUACUUCCUAAUCCUGUUCCUGAGGUGUUUUGA